UUACCCUUCUAGGUAUUCUCUUCAGAGGAGUUUUUAAUUCAUCGUAAUCAUGGCAGACUCAGAUUCAGAAGAAGGAUUGACAAGGGAGGAGAUGCAGCAGCAGGAGGAAGUCGAGCCGCCACCAAAGCGAGCCAAGCAAGAUGCCUUCGCAAAACUCAUGGCUCCCAAACCAAAGUCCAUCCCGCCGCCUCCAAAGCCUCCCGGCUCACGGCCUCACCUCUUCAAGAACCGCAUGGCGCUGGGCGCAUACAUUGCCAACCCAGAGUCGUACCCCGCGUCAGUCGUCAUCUACCACAACGCCGACUUCGUCGUCAUCCACGACAAGUUCCCCAAGGCCACGGUGCACACGCUGCUGCUGCCGCGGUCGCCCCGGCACAGCCUGCUGCACCCCUUUGAGGCGCUCGAGGACGAGCAGUUCCUGGGCAAGGUGAAGGCGGAGGUGGAGAAGCUCAAGGUGCUUGUGGCGGGGGAGCUGCAGCGGCGGCUGGGGGCGUUUAGUCGGGCUGAUGCUUCGCGGGAGGCCGUGCUGAAUGGCGAGGCGGACGUGUUGGAGGGCAAGGUGGAUGAAGCAACAGAAGAUGGACAAGACCAGGACCAAGACCAUGGCAAAGGCAAAAGCAACCGACGGAACAAGGAGCCGGCGCUGCCGUCCGGAAGAGACUGGGCCGCCGAAAUCAAGUGCGGCGUGCACGCAGUCCCCAGCAUGGGACACCUGCACAUCCACGUCUUGUCGCGGGACAUGCACUCGCCGGCCAUGAAGCACAGGAAACACUACAACUCGUUCAACACGCCGUUCCUGGUGGACGUGGCGGACUUCCCGCUGGAGAGCAGCGACUUCAGAAGGAGCUCCAAGGACGAGGGGUUCAUGAGGCGGGACCUGGUCUGCUGGCGAUGCGGGGCCAACUUUGGGAACCGGUUCAAGGAGCUCAAGGACCAUCUGGAGAGGGAGUUUGAGGAGUGGAAGAGGGAGUGAUGGCGUGUAGGUAUGGUAUUUCCAUUUCCACACAUGACUCACUCAUCAUCAUUAAUACCGAGGAGAAAGAAAAUAUCCAACGAGAGAACCACCCAGCCAGACAUCAAUCAUGGAACAGUAAACUUAUUGUCACCGCGCACAGGGCAUGGUUUCAUACGUGAUAGGUACUGAUAGUAAGGCUUUGCAGGCAGAUAGAAUAGAUAGAUGUAGCUGGCGCAGACAUAACGUGCAAACAUGUCCCGUCGCCUCAUGCCAGGGCGCUUUCCUCCUCAUCCAGCUGAAAGCAAGCGUCGUCGUCAAUCCAUUAAUAAUACAAUUCGGAGC